AGAUUUGAUUCGUCGUUGCUCCUUCUCUGCUCACAGAAGUCAGAACUGGUUCGUCAUCGGACGAGGGUUUUGGGUAACCAGCAGGAGACGGGUUGAAUUGUGGAGCCAUAUUCGUUGAAAAUGAAAGAAAAUUAGUUUAGCUCAUCUGUUUGGUUACUGAGGAAUAUCAGCAAAAAUCCAGCUCUUCCUUGAAAUCGAAGCAUUUUUUUUUUUCCGAUCUCAGGGGAAAGGGGCGGGAAGAUGGCUGAAGUCUCCAUGUGUAGCAGUAGUGGCAGCACGGAGCUCACUCCAGAGGAAGAGAGGAUUAUGAUCAGGGACAUUGCUUUGGCUGCUGAAGCUAAUACUAAAGAGGGUGAUGUCUUCUAUUUAAUCACGCAAAGAUGGUGGCAACACUGGAUUGAAUAUGUCAACCAAGACCAACCGGUUGGUGGUGCAAAUGAUGGAUCCUCCUUAGCAGAAAUUUACGAUUCAUUUGGUUCAAGCAUGUUAAAAAGACCCGCUAUUAUUGAUAACUCUGACCUAAUUUACGAUGCUGCAUCAGAGGACUCUGGUAUGGGCAUUGAAAUUCACGAUACUCUUUUGGAAGGUCGUGAUUAUGUUCUGCUUCCGCAAGAAGUGUGGAACCAACUAUACUUGUGGUACGGCGGUGGUCCAACAUUGGCACGGAAGGUCAUUAGUGCAGGUCUUUCACAAACUGAAUUGGCCGUUGAAGUAUAUCCCUUACGCCUUCAAUUAUUAGAGGUGCCAAAGGGUGACCGCUCCACAAUGAGAAUAAGCAAGAAGGAGACAAUUGGUGAGCUUCACAGACGAGCUUGUGAAAUUUUUGAUCUUAACUUGGAACAAGUAUGCAUUUGGGAUUACUAUGGCCACCGAAAACAUGCUUUGAUGAAUGACAUGGAUAAAACUCUAGAUGAUGCAAACCUUCAGAUGGAUCAGGAUAUCCUGGUGGAGAUUAUAAACCAUGGAAAUAAUAAUGCAUCGGAUGGAUGUGCCAGUUACGUUCAGGACAAUGGAACAGCCGACAAGGAAGCUACUUCUAUUUCUUUAGAGCCUUCUAAGUCAAACUUAAACGUUGCAGGAGGUAUGUCUAACAAAGGAAUGUCUAAAACAGAAGUAGUGCAGAGUCAGAACCAGACUUCGUCAAUCAGAGAGUUGGAUAAUGCAUCUGGGCAUACUGGUGUUAGUACGAGGGGAUCUUCUUGUGGUUUAACAG